AUGUCGCAGGCAGAGGAGCUGACAAAACCUUCACCUCAUUCUGCGACAUCAGCGUCGCCCAGAAGCCUCUUUCCAGUGUCCGAGUAUGACGGCGUGCUAAGGAGAUUGCAUCACCAUAAUUUGAGCGACUCGACAAAUACAACCGGCUCCAACGACUCUUCGCCAACGACAACGAUAUCAACGGUAGACGACUCUAGUGCGACGGAGCCUUCACCUGGCUCGUCGCCAGAGUCACCGCCUCCAAGCACAUUCUCGGUCGGCAUGUUACGGCCGAGGACAGCCGAUGACCAUAGAGGUGCAUUUUUCGAGCUCCAGAAGCAUCCUCCACCCAGGAAAGGUCGCAAUCUCAAGAACCUGGCCGUGAACACCUCAAGACAACCAGGCCGAGCAUUGUCCACGACGAGCCUACCGCUCAACGUCCCAUCAGACGCGAAUGCGACAAUACUAUCACCAUCCUUCGUCAAGCCACCCACACCUCCUCGAAGGAAGCCCAGCAAUCUCGGGCUGACGAUACUGACACCAGCUCCUGCAAAGCAAUUACCGCAGGAAGUCAGCCUCACUAUCCCUCCCACACCGGGAUAUGGUCGCCCUAACACGCUGCGGCAAUAUCAAUCAUCCCCCUCAUUACCCUUAGUGCCUGGGUUGGGUCUGCCUCACAACAACCACAUAUUGCAACAGAGGACAUUGGACACCAUCUUUUCACCUCUUGAGCAGAAGGAGUCCAUUCCAGUUGAGGACGAAGAGGAACAGAAUUUCGAAAUCCCUUUAUCGCGAGAAGAAAAGCCUGAAGCCUACCCGCAUGGACCUAUAUGCGUCUACGAGCCAGCGAUAGAUCUUUACCUUGAGCCCACGGCAGAGCAAUGCCGACAGUAUGAUGUGGUCAUGAAUGUGGCCAGUGAGGUGCUGAAUCCCAUGGUCGAGCAUGUUGAUUGUGCACCAGCUCAACCAGACCUACGGAUAGACGGCGGUGGAGGCAUCCAAUUCGCGCCCAAACGAACCAAUUUGGUCGUCAAGUCUCAGAUAGCAGCCCCGUCCACCGGCGAUACCUCUCCGUCAACGCCCAAGGCGACUCCGCUGGAAGAACAUUUCCUGCGACAGGACCUUCCUAGCAUAGCGGAGAAGGAACCGGAAUAUAUCCACAUCAAGUGGGAACACAACAGUGACAUCGUCCCUGAUCUUCUUGGCCUGGUAAAACUGAUUGAUGAGAAGGUCGGCCAGGGCAAACGUAUUUUGAUCCAUUGUCAAUGCGGCGUCAGUCGCUCAGCGAGUCUCGUCGUGGCAUAUGGGCUCUACAAAGAUCCAUCACUAAGCGUCCAGGAAGCAUAUGACGCCGUCAAGAAGCGAAGCAAGUGGAUCGGGCCCAACAUGAACCUCAUCAUGCAGCUACAAGAGUUCAGGUCAAGUCUUGCACGUGGCGGCCUUCUGUCAGGCAACAGGGGUCUGAGCCCAAUAGAGCCAAGCUCGGCUUUGAGUGAGUGGAAGGGACCAUUCUCAAGCAUGGCUUCGCCAGCGUCGACCCGGGAUAUGCCGUUGUCAGCAGCAAGAGCGCCAACCAGCGACAGCAAGGCCGCUGAUGGCCUGUCGGCUCUAUCACCCGGUCCGUCCUCCGCGCCAUCGGGUGUACCUUGGCCAUCGACCGACAGGCGACAAGGCCGACCUUCUGUUUCGGUCAAGCCUGCUACGGCAUAUGUUGAUCCUUCAGGCCAUGUCGUGCCAGUAUUGAAUAUUGUGGACGCUGAGUCGAAACCUGCCGAGCGAUUGUCGUUACCAAAACCACUGCCGUUCCGCAACAAGCCACCGACCCAGGAGCCUGCGGUGUCUUCACCACGUUCCGCCGAGUUUGCCAUGACACCCAUCAAACCAGCAGAGGAUGCUGAUCCCGCUGAUAGCUUUGGCAUCCUCUCGCCGACAUCAACUGAGUUCGCUUCCAAUCCAUUCGAUAGAUCAGCAUUGCUGGCGUCGCUCGGCAUGGGAUCAAUGGGCCCUGACGAACAAGCCCCUCGAAGAUCCCUGUCGCUCCAAAAGCAAAAGGCACAGCCAGUAAGCAAGCAGCCCGAUAGCCACCUCGACCCUGCAAGCACCGAUGGAGGACGUCCACUCCGAGGGAAAAUCUCUUCACCAAGUCUGCGAGAACAGCAGCAGCUUCAGAGCUUGCAGGCCAAGAUCGAAGCAUCGCUCCCAACGCGAACACUACCAAACCCGCAGUCGAGCGCAGAGGAGGACGAACCAUUAAUGUCGCCCAGAGCCACAGAGUUCACACAGAACCCGUUCGCACUGGCGUUGAACAUCCCCUCCAUCACCACAACCUCCCCGCAACCCGCGAGCAACGAUGCCACGAGAAAGAUCGACGAGGACCCUCGGAGUCCUGUUGCGCAAAAGGGCGCAAGUCCGAUCACACGCAACAUUUACACGUUUUUAUGA